AUGCAGUUACCAUCUUCAAUUGAAAGCAGAAUGGGCGAUAUUUCUCUCGAGCAAUGUCCAACGUAUGAGCGCACUCCGUUCGGGAAGGAGAUGCUGAAGCAUUUCUCAUUCGAUCCUUCGUAUAAGAAUCUCAAUCAUGGUUCUUUUGGUACAUUCCCUCUUCCAGUUCGGAACAAACAGCGAGAGUACCAAGAUCUGUGUGAAGCUGCUCCUGAUCCAUUCAUUCGCUACACCUACCCUAAGCUAUCUGACGAAGCUCGAGGAGCUGUGGCCAAGAUCCUGAACUGCCCGACUGAUACUGUUGUAUUCGUGCCUAAUGCUACGACUGGUGUCAAUACCGUUCUUCGAAACAUUGUGUGGAACCAAGAUGGGAAGGAUGAGAUUUUGUACUUCAAACACAUCUAUGGAGCUUGCCUCAAAACUGUCGAGUACGUCUGUGAAGCAAAUCACAAUAUCGUCAAUCCUCGAGAGAUAAUCGUCAAGUACCCGAUGGAAGAUGCAGACCUCCUCGCCCUCUUCAAAGAUGCCAUCAAAGCCUCCCGAGCUGAAGGCAAGCGACCCCGUCUAGCAAUCUACGACGUCGUAUCCUCUCUCCCUGGUCUCCGAAUGCCGUUUGAAGAUCUUACAGCCGCCUGCAAAGAAGAAGGAAUCCUGUCCCUUGUCGACGGUGCCCAUGGGAUCGGACAUGUGCAUCUCGACCUGACGACUCUCGACCCAGAUUUCCUGGUUACCAAUGCCCACAAAUGGCUCUUCGUUCCACGAGGCUGUGCAGUCUUCUACGUUCCGUUCAAGAACCAGCCGCUGAUGCGGUCUUCUCUCCCCACUUCCCACGGCUUCGUGCCCAAGACCAAUACCGCUGCACUGAUGCCUCUCCCUCCACCCACGAAGAGCGAGUUCGUGAACCAAUUCGAGUUCAUCGGAACGAUUGACAACACGAACUAUCUCGUAGCAGGUGAGGCCAUCAAAUGGCGGGAAGAAGUCUGUGGUGGUGAGAAAGCUAUCAUCGAGUAUAACACGAAAUUGGCACGAGAAGGGGGCGCAAUGGUAGCGAAGAUCCUGGGGACGAAAGUCCUCGACAACGCAUCACACAGCUUAACAAACUGCUGUCUUGUCAAUGUCCUCCUACCCUUGGCAGUCAACGGUGGAGAUCUUACUGGAACAGUAACUAUCAAGCCAGAGCAUAUUGUGAAGACGACACAGUGGCUGCAGAGGACGCUGAUUGAUGAGCACAAGACUUUCUUGGCGAUUUGGUUCUUUCAGGGUCAAUUCUGGGCGAGAUUGAGUGGGCAGAUUUAUCUAGAGAUGGAGGACUUUGUAUGGGCUGGUGAGACGCUGAAAAAGAUUUGUGAGGGAGUUGCGAAGCAGCAGUUCUGA